CCGUCCUCAACAGCCCAAGCAUCUCACCUUUGUCCUCGACUGUUCAUGGUUGGUCCCAUUAAUGCUGUGCUGACCGUGACACGCCGUCCUCAAAGGCAUCCUGUUCCACACCGAUGGGGGCUCGCUUUGCUGCAGCCAACGUUCGUUGGGCCGAUCCUCGCUCGCUCAGGUAUAAAAACUGGGAUGUUUCCCUCUCCAGAAGAUGUCUCUGCAAGACACCGCAUCCAGCGCUGCCUAUCAGGACAACACCAUUGACACGCCAAGUGUGCCUUGAUCCGUCAUUGAGAAGCUACACCUCUCAUCACGCUCACGUUUUUCUGCACCCCACGCCCAUUUCAGCAUCAAUACGCGACCGCGCCAUGGCGUCCACAGACAUCCUCUCCCAGACGCUCUCAUCCAUCACGGCCAUCAAACUUGACCAGCUCCACGCACAGAAAGAUGCAUACGAGAGCAAAAAGCGCAGCCUGUGCGAAAAUGUCGUCUCUGAGGUCAACACCGCCGAGCGCGUGAAGAAGCUGCUGCAAGGCGCUGAAGCGCUCCGGUCGGUCGGACUCAAGAAGAGCGCCGCGCUCUCGAGCAUGGGCGAAUUUCUCGACCAAGCCCGAUAUGAUCCUUCGGUGACGGAGCCCCUGCUGAAGGAAUACGAGGCCGAACUCCGCGGCCACCUGGACGCGCAGACGAACAAGUACGAGUUUGCCUCGCUGUACGGCAAGCUGGUCGAGGAAUGGAUCGCCUUGGGCAACUCGGACGCCACUUCGGCCGCCGAGGGGUCCGGCUUCGUGCUGGUCGGCCGCGAGGAGAUGCAUCAGCAGCGCGCAACGUGGGAGGAGUACGUCUUCAAGGCCAAGGAGACCGACCGCAACGCCAUCCAGCGGUACUUGGAAGGGGUGUUCUCCUCGAAGGAGGCCAAACGCGGCCUGGAAGCCAUCCGAGAAAAGUUCAAGACUUUCCAGAAGGACUGGAAAUCGCAGCGCCACUUUGACCAGACCGCGCUGGAGACGGUCAUCAAGGGCAUGUUGAGGAGCGACAUCCUGACGGAGGAGAAGCGGACCACGCUGAGGGACUUUUUGGGAAACCGAGUCGUGCUCUCCGAGAUCGCCGAUGUGCUGAACAUGCGCAUGUCGGCCAUUGCGUCUUGGAGUUGGGGCGCACCGCUCAUCGUCGAGCAGCGCCGGAACCUCAAUGGUCGAUACCGGUUUUACACGGACGAAGACUUGCUGCAUGCCAUCUUCAUCUAUUAUGUGGGCCUGCAAUGGGCUUGCUACCUCCGCAAAGUCCUGGUCGAGUUCGUCAAGACGGAGGGCGUUUGGAAAUCUGACAGCAAGCCCAUCUCCAAGUCCGAUGCGCGCCGUCGCCGUUUCUUCCUCAACGACGCCGUGACUCUUCACAAGGCCUCAGUCCAGAAGGAUCGUGAUAACCACUUUGGUGCCAUUCUCCUGAACCAGCUUCCCAUCUCGUUCCACGAGGUCAGGGACUCGUACGACGGCGUCGGGUGCAAGAAUGGAGACACCAGGCCGAGCCAUGUCCGCGUGGUUCAGGGACUGCUUCAGCGGCUUCAAACCGAGAUCCUGAUGCAAACGAAACUGGGAAAAGAGAUCACGGUCAUCCGCUCGGACUUCAAGUGGUUCGGGCCGUCCCUCCCGCACUCGACGAUCUUCGCAGUCCUCGAGUUUUUCGGCGUACAGGCAGGGUGGCUAGACUUCUUCAAGCGAGUGCUGGAGGCGACCAUGCGGUUCAAGCACGACUCACCGGAUACUCCGGCGCAAGCCCGGAAGCGUGGGACGCCCAUCAGCACCCCGAUUGCGGAUUUCUUCGCCGAGUCGAUCCUGUUCUGCCUGGACUACGCCGUCAACCAGAAGGCUGGCGGCACCCGCUUGUACCGGCUCCAUGACGACAUGUGGCUCUGGGGCGGCUUCGAAACGUGCAGCAAAGCCUGGAAGGUGAUCACCGAAUUCACCGACACCAUGGGACUAGAGCUCAACCCGGACAAGACCGGCAGUGUGCGGAUCGCGAGGGACCGGGAAUCGGCCAUGGCGACUGACCCGCGGGUAGGGCUGCCCAAAGGUGACGUGAAAUGGGGCUUUCUCAGACUGGACCCUGCCACCGGUCGCUUCUUGAUCAACGAGGAAGAGGUUGACAAGCACAUCGAAGAGCUGCGCCUGCAGCUGUCGGCCUGCCGCAGCGUCCUCGACUACAUCCAGGCUUGGAACAUCUACGGAAACCGCUUCUUUGCCAACAAUUUCGGGAGGCCCGCGAACUGUUAUGGGCUCGCCCACAUCGACAGCAUGCUCGCUACUUUCCGCCGCAUCCAAGACAAGCUCUUCCCGGAUCAUGCCGGCGGCGUCGGCGAGCACCUCAAGCAGAUGAUCGCCUCACGCUUCGGCGUCGCCCCAACCGACAUCCCCGACGGCUACCUCUACUGGCCGACGUCGCUGGGUGGGCUUGGCCUGCAGAACCCCUUCAUCACUCUCCUGCUCUCCCGCCGCCAAGUGACGAAGAACCCGGAGAAGCUCAUUGAUAAGUACCUGGAGGAAGAGGAAUUCGCAUAUGCCCGGGCCAAGGCGCGGUUCGCCGAACACAGCGACAGCGGCAGCGGCAGCGUGGGGCCCGGCUGGGUCGAUGAGCACGAGUUCGAGGACCUGCGCGACGAGCCCUUCAUGUCGCUGGCCGAGUUCACGCGGUACCGCGAGCGGACCGAGUCCGCGCUCGGCAAGCUCUACCGCAAGCUGAUCGGCACGCCCGACACGGCGGUCGUGGUCGCGAGUGGCGAGGUCAAGGCGGCGCUGGCGGCCGGGGGCGGGGGCGAUGCCGACGCCGUGUGGAGCGAGCUCAGCGACUACGACAAAUGGGUCGUGCAGCUGUAUCACAAGGACAUGGUGGCGCGCUUUGGUGGCGUCGAGGUCGUCGACAAGGGCCUGUUGCCGACGGGGUUGAUGGCGAUGCUGUGGCAGAGCCGGUUCCGCUGGCAGGGGUGAGUGAGCGGGAGGUUGGCUGCUGAUCGUCGUCGUGCAUGAAUUUGCUCAUUCAUUCGGACUGGUCGAGAUGGCGGACCCCUCAGGACUGUUGGACGAACGGAAUGCCCACUCCUCGAGGGGUCGUUUAGUUGUUGCUGUUAGUAGAUUGCCCCCGAGCUAAACAAGUCUUUGAGUUCCCACGGGA